GACGUCACGUCCGCCGCCGGCUGUUAAGGAAACGUGGCCUUUUUUCAGGCUCUUGUCAGGAGAAGGGAACAUGGCGGAGGUGGAGAGCCCGCUGAUACCCGACAGCGCCAUCAAUGCCACGCUGAACGACACCGAGGCGGCGGCGGCGACGGCUGCCGGCACCAAGUUCGUGGCGACUCCCGAAGGGUCGGCCGUGGCCUACGGAAGCCUGGUGGUGAUGGCACUCCUGCCCAUCUUCUUCGGGGCCCUGCGCUCUGUCAGUUGUGCCAAGUCUAAGAAUUCCUCCGAUAUGCCAGAGACCAUUACAAGUCGAGAUGCAGCCAGGUUCCCCAUCAUCGCCAGCUGCACACUGUUUGGCCUUUAUCUAUUUUUCAAAAUAUUUUCUCAAGAGUAUAUCAACUUGCUGCUGUCCAUGUAUUUUUUCAUACUGGGUAUAUUGGCUUUGUCUCACACUUUAAGUCCAGCUAUGAAUAAAGUUAUUCCUGCCAAUCUACCAAACAAACAGUAUCAGCUGCUAUUUACUCAGGGAACAGGGGAAACAAAGGAAGAAAUCGUUAACUAUGAGUUUGACACAAAAGACCUUGUGUGCCUGGCUUUUAGCAGUGUCGUUGGAGUCUGGUAUUUGCUAAAAAAGCAUUGGAUUGCCAACAAUCUGUUUGGAUUAGCAUUUGCUCUUAAUGGUGUUGAGCUUCUGCACCUCAACAACGUCAGUACAGGCUGCAUUCUCCUUGGGGGACUUUUUAUCUACGAUGUAUUCUGGGUGUUUGGCACAAAUGUCAUGGUAACUGUUGCCAAGUCGUUUGAAGCACCAAUUAAAUUGGUUUUCCCUCAAGACCUUCUCGAGAAAGGGCUUGCAGCCGAUAACUUUGCCAUGCUCGGCUUGGGGGAUAUUGUCAUUCCAGGCAUCUUCAUUGCUCUUCUGCUUCGUUUUGAUGUGAGUUUGAAGAAGAAUAGUCGGACAUACUUCUACACAAGCUUCUUCGCUUAUGUCUUUGGUCUUGGACUUACCAUUUAUGUAAUGCACACUUUCAAGCAUGCUCAGCCUGCUUUACUGUACCUGGUACCUGCCUGCAUUGGGUUCCCAGUCGUUGUUGCUCUGCUUAAGGGAGAACUCACUGAAAUGUUCAGCUACGAGUCUUCAGCUGAGAUCAUGCCACACACGCCAAGACUCACCCACUUCCCCACUGUCUCGGGCUCCCCUGCUAGCCUGGCCAACUCUAUGCAACAAAAGCCCAACUCCCCCCGCCGCAGGCGGACGAACCCGAGCCCCAUGUAGUCAUGUGACGGGGCUUGUGGAGCAGUCAACGGGUCAGGUAUGAAGAAAAAACUGCCCUUUGCGACAAAGAGCCUUUGGAUGAAGCCACGGACGAUUUGAAAGAAAGCAAGAAGGAGCAGUAACAGGAGACGCCCAUGGAGCAAUCAAUUUCUUUAAAAAAAAAAAUCCUCACCCUCUAACUGCCUAUUUUGUGUUCAUUUCAUGCAGGUACCUUUAUUGUACUGACAUGGUCAUGUGUGUCCUGUGUCCCUGGCAACUUAUGGGGAAACAAAAGUAUUUUAUUACAUCAUGCUACAGUGCUAGUUAUUCAGUUCUUCUUGACUAUUUUCUAUGAAUGUGCCAACUGAUUGUUUUUAAA